AUGAGCUUCGUGUUGAUGGAAGAGAUCAACGAUUAUCAGUCGUUCAAGCAAAAUGCUUUGGCCAUGAUCGACGACGAUUGCCACAGCGCUUCCACUGUAUCGGACUUUUGCGACGAAAUUUGCGUUUCAAGUCUUUUUGUGGAUCUCAAUCGCGGUUGCUGCGAUCAGAAUCACACUCAGAAUCGUCGAUGCCAUCAGCGGCAAAACGAGGAGCACCAGCAGUCGCAAAUGCAGAUGCAACGGCUACAAAGGCACUUUUCCAACAUGGGGAACGUUGACGGCAGUAGUGCAAUCAGUGAAGCAAAAGGUGGUGCGAGAGAGCCAUCUAGUGUCACCAUAAAGAUGCUACAGCCGCAAAAGAAGGUAGAACCGCUCAAGCCGUCGCUUACGAAGAUGCUUGCAAUGGAGAACAGGUGGUCUGCUACGUCUAUGCAGUCCACUGUCGAGACAAUGUCUCCGGCCAAUUCUAGGCUGCUAGAAUGUACACAGAGUACAUAUUCAAGAUCGAUGUCUAGCAACCCUACGUCUCUGCUUGACGAUCCCGAAGUUUUGAGGAGCGAAAUAAUGGCGUUGAUGGAUGAAAUGUAUGACGAAGCCAAAGCGACGGUUGGCCGUGUUACUGGUGCUAAAGGUUUGGCACCGACACUGACUUGUAAAUGUGACAAGCGCCUGGACUUAAAUGAAGGACCUACAACGCAUAUAACGUCAGAGACUCCGUUGGAAUGCAACUUGAAUACGGCAAGGGAUUUCUUGGCAGCCAUUUUCUCUUUGCCUAAACCAAGCGUAAGCAAUCGAAUGACACAGACGAAAGAAAAAGACGCAGAACAAGAAGUGCAUUCAGAGUCUGGCGCUGACUAUUGCGAAGCAGAAACCAAGAACUGCCUGGACGGGGCCGGGCUACUGCGUCGAUACACCGAGGACGACUGUGAGCUGAUCGUAUGGGCAGCGAUAUCAUUUCACGACAGCGGCAAAAUUUUAUUCAAAGAACGCUCCUGGGCGGUAGCUACGCGACCAGCAUUCCCAACGUCGCAUCAAGAAUCAGUGGUAUGCAUUAACCACUGUCUUAGCUCCAGCAAAGAAAGGAGGUGCUUGUACAUUGACGGCGAACACAUCGAUCAGGUCCGUAACCACGCUGUUGGUGCUAAAAGCGCACAGGUAAAAGCAACUUAUCGCAUGCUUCAGCAGAAAAUGCUGAUUGAGACUGGCAGAGGCGACCUGGCCAACUUUAUCAUGUAA